AUGUCCAUUAGCCUUGUUCGCACACGCAUUGGAGGCAGGUUCCGGCUGAAGACCAGGAUCGGAUCCGGGUCGUUUGGUGAGGUAUACGAGGCCGUCGACAUCAUUGAGAUGGUCGAUGUAGCGAUUAAACUCGAGCGCGUCGAUCGUACACGAUCAAGCCUGGAGCACGAGGUUACCGUCUACAAAAACCUAGGAAGGAUGGUCGGUAUCCCUCGUGCUCGUUGGUUUGGGGCCGAGGACGGAUACGACGUCCUCGUCUUGGAUCUUCUAGGACCAUCACUUGCCUCAUCGCCUCCAGGCGGUGAGCCGUGUUUGGCCUUCAAGCUGCUUUGGUGUUUGGCAAUCAAAUGGUGCCUCGCAAUCCUAGAACGACUGCACGCCCGUGACUACAUCCACAGAGACAUCAAGCCUUCGAACUUCCUCUUUGGCCCUGAACCGUUGUCACAGAAGGUCUUCCUCGUCGACUUCGGCCUCGCAAAGCAAUAUCGAGACCCCAUCCAGCAUUUACACAUUCCUUACCGCGACGGCUUACAACUCACCGGAACUGCUCUCUGGGCGUCCGUCAACGUUCACGUUGGCAUUGCACACUCGCGUCGUGAUGAUUUGGAGUCGCUCGCAUAUGUUAUUAUUUAUCUUCUCCGCGGAUACCUCCCUUGGCAAGACCUCGCGACUGACGACAUCUUUCACCGAAAACAGUCGCUGUCUCCUGCGGCUCUUUGCCACGAUCUUCCCCUCGAACUCACCACAUUCGUCACAUACAUCCGUAGUCUCCCAUUCACGGGAGACCCCGACUAUCUUUAUCUGCACCAUCUUCUUCAAAGCGCUACCGAACGAGUCGGCUCUGAGCCGGCGUGCAUCGGCCGACCGUACAAUGGCAAGGGGACUUGCAGGCCACUGCCUAGUGAAGGUGAGUAUUAA